UUUGUUUAGGUGGUUCUAUAAUUUAUUAUACGUUAAUACACUGAAUUGUGACAUUUUAUAAAAGUCUUUUACAAAUGUCUGUAGCAUAGGCCAAUCACAAGAAGCGUUAUAUAAUGCUACGGGCUUUCACUGACGUAUGGAAUGCAGCCAUCUUGGUGUCUUCUCGGAUCGUAGGAUUUCCCAAUGACACUGAAAUAAGGUUUAUACUUUCACCUAUAAUAGUAACUAGUCGGCUACAUCAAAAAGUGCUGAUUUCGAGUGAGGUUGAACAAGAAAAUAACAAAAUGUUUAGUGGUUUAUUUGACUGGUUUACAAAUAUACUUAGCUUUUUAGGUUUAUAUAAAAAGUCAGGAAAGUUAGUAUUUUUAGGCCUAGACAAUGCAGGCAAGACAACUUUACUUCACAGAUUAAAAGACGAUCGAAUGGCACAGCAUGUUCCAACAUUACAUCCAACUUCAGAAGAACUUCAGAUAGGUGGGAUGCGAUUCACAACCUUUGACCUUGGAGGUCAUCAACAGGCUCGGCGUAUUUGGAAAGACUAUUUGCCAGCAGUAGAAGGUAUCGUAUUCUUGGUGGAUGCAGCUGAUAGAGAAAGACUCAUGGAAUCAAAAGAAGAACUAGAUAGUUUGAUGACAGAUGAACAAGUUGCUAAUGCACCUAUUAUGAUCUUAGGAAAUAAGAUAGAUUGUUCCACUGCGUGUAGUGAAAAUGACCUACGAUCAAUACUUGGACUACAUGGACAGACUACAGGCAAGGGCACAGUUCCUCUCAAGGAUUUACCAGGCCGCCCUCUAGAGUUGUUUAUGUGCAGUGUUUUGAAGCGACAAGGUUAUGGUGACGGAUUUAGGUGGUUAGCGCAGUACAUCUAAUCUCUGUGUGCAUUUAACCUAAAAGUAGAAUCAGGGAUGCCCUCAAUAAGGUGAUAAAAUACGUUAAAGCAAAACAGAUAACGAUCAUUUUGAAAAGAAAAAUGAGAAAACAUUCACAAAUACACCAGCUAAAAUGGAAAUGUUUAGAAUUCUUAAAGCUGAACUGGUAGCAUUCGAGCUUUUGCACUGAAAAUAUUGGCCAAUUGUAAACAUUUAAAUAUGAUAAAUACUACCCGAUUGUUACCAGGAUGGAAACAAAAUGGCGGUAGAUAGAAACAGAAUGGCUGAUGAUAUAGACAGUAAACAUGAGGGUGUCCUUCUCAGUAGCAUUUUUAACAAUUAACACAAGAUUUCUGGAAUAUGAAGUUAUUAACAUGAACACUAUACAAGCCAUUUAUAACAAAUUCCUUUUAAACCAGGAGAAACUUGCCACUGUUUUUGAAAUUAUAUACAAAAAUAGUUUUGAAGAAAAAAUCUAAAAAGAUAAUUAUAAACAAGGAAAAAACAAAAAAUUGAUAUCUUAUUUUCCUGGAGGUAUACUACAAUAAAACAAAUUCUAGAACACAAAAUGUUUGAGGUCUUUAUAUAUUGAAGAUAAAAAAACAAAAUGUUUGAGGUCUUUAUUGAAGAUACUGUAGUUUAGUUUCAACAUGGGGGAUGUACAUGUUAUGAAUUAUGGUAAUAAAAAAAGAAAUGAUUUAAAUUGA